CUAAAAUCGAGACAUCUAGGUGUCCAAAACAAUCGCGGCUGCAGUGAAAUUCGCGAGUAAUAUCAACGUCGAUUAAUAAACGGAGUGUGCUGUGGUGAUAUGUGAAAGUGUCGAGAAACAAUUGCGACAUGUAAGCGAAAGUGUCAUCCGUGAAAAAGAUAUAAACAAACAUGUCUGCUGAAACGGAGCUCAGCAGACAAGCUGGAAUUCCCCAGUUAUUACCGGAUAUAACCGCUCUGAGCCUAAUAGGGCACAGACCUACCCAAAGUGUUGUAAAUGGGCCUACAAGCAACCACAUUACGCAUCACUCUCAACCAAAUGAAUCUUGGCAGACAAGCCCGCCUAGACAGACUGCCAGUCCCACCACUCAGACCACUUUUCCAGAGCCAUUGUCAGCCGGUGCUUCUGGCGGGGCGCUAGGGAGCAGCAGCACUGCCGUAGCUUUGCCGGGGGCGGUAGCGGGCGCCCUCUCGGCCGUCGCGCCGCCCACAGACCCGCCCGUCUUUCAAUGUCCGCGCAGGCCGAACUUGGGCCGCGAGGGCCGGCCCAUCGGCCUCAAAGCCAACCACUUCCAGAUCUCGAUGCCGCGCGGCUUCGUCCAUCACUACGACGUCAACAUACAGCCCGACAAGUGCCCCAGAAAGGUGAACAGAGAGAUCAUAGAGACGAUGGUGCACGCGUACGGCAAAAUAUUCGGCAGCCUAAAACCCGUCUUCGACGGUAGAAACAACCUGUACACCCGCGACCCUCUACCGAUAGGAAACAGCCGCGAAGAACUCGAAGUGACUCUCCCCGGGGAAGGCAAGGACCGAAUUUUCCGCGUCACCAUCAAAUGGGUGGCGCAAGUGUCGCUCUACGGUCUGGAAGAGGCUCUGGAGGGCAGAACGAGACAGAUCCCCUACGAGGCCAUACUGGCUUUGGACGUCGUUAUGAGGCAUUUACCGUCGAUGAGUUACACUCCGGUCGGUAGGAGUUUUUUCAGCAGCCCCGAGGGCUACUAUCAUCCGCUAGGGGGCGGUAGAGAGGUGUGGUUCGGGUUCCAUCAGUCCGUCAGGCCCAGUCAAUGGAAAAUGAUGCUCAACAUUGACGUUUCUGCGACGGCUUUCUACAAAGCGCAGCCUGUGAUAGAGUUUAUGUGCGAGGUGUUGGACAUCAGGGACAUAAACGAGCAACGCAAACCGUUGACCGACAGUCAAAGGGUGAAAUUCACGAAAGAAAUUAAAGGCCUCAAGAUCGAGAUCACACAUUGCGGCAGCAUGCGGCGGAAGUACAGGGUGUGCAACGUGACGAGGCGGCCGGCGCAAAUGCAGAGUUUCCCCCUGCAAUUGGAGAACGGUCAGACGGUGGAGUGCACCGUGGCGAAAUAUUUCCUGGACAAGUACAAAAUGAAGUUGCGGUACCCGCAUUUGCCGUGUUUGCAGGUCGGGCAAGAACACAAACACACGUAUUUGCCUUUGGAGGUCUGUAAUAUUGUGGCCGGACAGAGAUGUAUUAAAAAGUUGACCGAUAUGCAAACUUCGACGAUGAUCAAAGCUACGGCCAGAUCCGCCCCGGAUCGGGAACGCGAGAUCAACAAUCUGGUGAAGCGGGCCGAUUUCAAUAACGACGCCUACGUGCAGGAGUUCGGGCUGACGAUCAGCAACAACAUGAUGGAGGUGCGGGGGCGGGUCUUGCCGCCCCCCAAGCUCCAAUACGGAGGCCGAGUUGCGUCCCUCAGCGGGCAGGUGGGCUGGCACAGCAAACAACAGGCCAUGCCAAACCAAGGCGUGUGGGAUAUGCGUGGAAAGCAAUUUUUUACCGGCGUGGAAAUUCGAGUUUGGGCAAUCGCCUGUUUUGCACCUCAACGAACUGUCAGGGAAGAUGCUCUAAGAAACUUUACUCAACAAUUGCAGAAAAUCUCGAACGACGCCGGCAUGCCCAUAAUUGGACAGCCCUGUUUCUGUAAAUACGCCACAGGGCCGGAUCAGGUGGAACCGAUGUUCCGCUACCUAAAAACGACAUUCCAGUCGCUUCAGCUCGUCGUUGUGGUACUACCCGGAAAAACCCCUGUAUAUGCUGAAGUAAAGAGGGUUGGCGACACCGUUUUAGGUAUGGCCACACAAUGCGUUCAGGCCAAAAACGUUAACAAAACCUCCCCGCAAACUCUAUCGAACUUAUGCCUGAAAAUCAACGUGAAACUGGGAGGUAUCAACAGCAUCCUGGUGCCAUCUAUAAGACCAAAGAUAUUCAACGAGCCGAUCAUAUUCCUCGGGGCCGACGUGACCCACCCGCCGGCGGGCGACAACAAAAAACCGUCCAUCGCCGCCGUCGUCGGCUCGAUGGACGCGCACCCGUCCCGCUACGCGGCCACGGUGCGCGUGCAGCAGCACCGGCAGGAGAUCAUCCAGGAGCUCAGCUCGAUGGUGCGCGAGCUGCUGAUCAUGUUCUACAAGUCGACGGGCGGCUACAAGCCGCACCGCAUCAUCCUGUACCGCGACGGCGUCAGCGAGGGCCAGUUCUUGCAGCUGCUGCAGCACGAGCUCACCGCCAUCAGGGAGGCCUGCAUCAAGCUGGAGGCGGAGUACAAGCCAGGUAUUACUUUUAUAGUGGUGCAAAAAAGGCAUCACACGAGAUUGUUUUGCGCGGAUAAAAAAGAACAAAGCGGCAAGAGUGGCAACAUUCCCGCCGGUACGACGGUGGAUGUCGGUAUCACCCAUCCCACGGAAUUCGAUUUCUAUUUGUGCAGUCAUCAGGGUAUUCAGGGUACUUCUCGUCCAUCGCAUUACCACGUACUGUGGGACGACUCCCAUCUGGACUCUGACGAGCUUCAAUGCCUAACCUACCAGUUGUGUCACACUUACGUGAGAUGCACAAGGUCGGUGUCGAUCCCAGCGCCAGCUUAUUACGCGCAUUUGGUGGCGUUCCGGGCCAGGUAUCACCUUGUGGAAAAAGAGCACGACAGUGGGGAAGGUUCCCACCAAUCGGGGUCCUCUGAAGAUCGCACGCCUGGUGCGAUGGCGAGGGCCAUUACAGUCCACGCCGACACCAAAAAGGUCAUGUACUUUGCUUAAGAAGUUUUUUAAAACGAAAAAAAAAGUAUGCCAAAAUCGAGAGCACAAGAUGGGCGUCUCUCGAAAACUUAAUCUUAAGGAUACACAAAACUACAUAAAUUAAGCUACAAAAAAACACUUCAGACCAAAUUUUGAUCAAUGCAAUUCAGUGCUGUCAGCAUAAAGAAUGUCUCUGCUACGUUGCGUAACUUUUUACUAUUAAGCCCAGUACAGAAAAAAAAUAAUCUUAUGAUGACCAAAUAUGACGUGACGUGACAUUCUUUCCUUCCAUCAAAAAAUUAGGGAAAGAAAGGUUGAUGAUACUUUUUAAUGAGUGUGGUACAAAUUUUUUUUUUAGUUUUAACUUAUAUUAUAUACGAAUAAUUCGAAAAACCCUACUGAAGGAAACAAUAUUUUUUAAGGCACACUUUUUAAAAUUUUUGCUGUUAGAUUUGUUCCUACACUUGAACUUUGGGUAGGAACAAAAAUUAUCAUUUCUGUCAAUUCAGAAUUUUAAAAAACAACCGUAGAAACACUUGGGGCAAUUAAAAUUCCGUUUUUACAGAAAUGAAACAAUAAAAAGUGUAUAUAAAAAAUGGAGCUUACACCUAGCAGACUUAAUUUGACAAAGUUCUGUUUUGUAUUAGCCCCAAUCUGGCCAGCCAAUCAAGAAAUACACUUCGCGUCAAAAUUAACGCAUAACAAGUUAA